UACUCAUUGCUAAAGGAAUAGCUGAACCUUGUAAUAAACAAUUACAGCUGACUAGUCUUUCCAACAGGGUUGAAACUGAUGGGGCUUAACUACUAAUAACACAAUAAGAAGGUGAUAAAUAGUGCAUUAACUACGUUCAUGGGAAGGGCCUUUCAUUUGGCAAUAUUCUCUUCUAUAUGACAUUACACAUUUAAAAUAGCAUGUAGGAGGGUAACUAGAAAUACAAGUAUGAUCAAUCUCAUACGCUCACUUUAUUCUACCUUUAAAACAAUGCGGCUAGGAACUGUAAUAAGGAGUUGGCAAGAAAAUGCCAAACUAACCUCUGGUAAGAUGUACCUAAGGAUUGCUUUACUUCCUGAAUGUGGUAUAACCUAGCCAUCUAUGCCCUGCCCCCUUCCCCUCAAGGUGCAAGAGGUUAAGCUGGGACACUGUACAUAUGGUGCACAGGUUGACUUUAAUUAUUGAAUAUGUUAAUUAACUUUAAUUAAAUAUGUGGAAGGUAGAGCCCAGCAAUGAAUAUGGCAUUUCUUGAGGAAGACUACACAAUAACCAACUCAUAAUAAAGAAGCACCAAGGCAGAUUGAUACGUUCAUAUUGUACCACCAACUGUGAGGGACGCUGCAUUUUCCUGACAAAUGACAAUUGAUUAGUCUCCUGUUGAUUGCAAGCCAUUUUGUAUUGACUGUGCUACCCACAAGUGUAUUUCAUGGCAACCUUGGCAAAUUGGCAAUGGAAACCAAUAUUAAGUAAGAACAAGAGGCGUAGCUUCAAAGAGUCUAUAGACAACUAAGAAAUUUUCUUUGAGUUCGCUGGUGCAGAAUUCAUGGCAAGGUCAUCCAAUGAAAAGGACUAUUUCCAGUGAUGACUUCAACACUGAGAUGGGAGGAGGGAAAAGUGUGUUCAUUUCAUUUGUUGACACCAGUCUGCUGGCAUCUGAAAAUGAUGUUGCCUGAAGGUUUCAUCUUUGGCUUGAUGAACAUUUGUCUUAUGGCCAGAUGCACUGGUGGUAAUGAGAGGUGUGUGGCCUCCAUAAGAGGGGCGUGUCCUCCUGAUUGGAGCCAGUGGGGUGGCAAAUGCUACAGGAAACUCCCAGUGAAUCUACCCUGGGCUGAGGCCAAAGAGGAGUGCAUCAAGAUGGGAAGUGUCUUGGUUAUGCCACAGUCUCAGGAGGAAACUGAGUUCCUCCUGAACAACUUCAUCAACUUCUUCUGGAUCAACUGUAAUGACAUUCAAGUUGAAGGUUCAUGGAUGUGUCAGGAUGACACUACUGGAGUGGAGUUUAGAAACUGGAGGAAUGGGGAACCCAGUAACAACGGGAAUGCCGAAAACUGUGCAGUGGCAACAAAAGAUGGUACCUGGAAUGAUGUUAAAUGUGGAGCUUUAGCUCAUGUUAUCUGCAAGCGAUAUGAACCCCAGUUGACGUUUUCAAUUUGAACCAUCAAUUUCAACACAUGUCACGACAUAAACUCAUGUUCAGGAAAUGAUUGAUAAAAAGAAUCAAAAGUGUUUCACGUACCAGUACAUGUAAGUCCUGAUAGACAACGCUGUAAUUUGGGUAAUCUUACAUUCAGGUAAAUAAAGUUUGAACACAAAUGCUGUAAUGAAAUUAUUUACCGGUAGACCCAUGAUG